AUGAAUAAUAACCAAUCACUUGAUAAUAUUACUGGUAAAUAUAACAUGUCAUUUGAGUAUGAAGGAAUCUUUAAUGUUGAUAAUGAAAACAUUGUUAAUAAUAAAAAUAUUAUUUAUGAUGAAAAUGAUAAUAAAAAUAUUGUCAAUAAAAAUGAUAACUAUAAUGAAGAUGAUGGCUAUAUGGAGGAUGAUGAGAGUAAUACAGCAGAGCCUUCAUCCAUUAUAUCUUACUUUACUCCCUAUAAUGUCUCUACAAAAAAAAAUUUAAAUUCAAAUGUAGUACAAAAAAAAAUAAAUAAACUCGUAACUGUGCAUUUGCAUACUGAACAUAAAAUUUUUAAAACCCAAAAAUGUGAAACACAACUACCCCUACCAUUAACUACAACACCCACACCAACCUCUCAACAAACAAUUGAAACAGUGAUACAAAAGCACAUAAAGAACACCUUGCCUCUUCUUGAAAAACAACAAAAUCAUAUUACUUAUCAACUUAUUGUUUGA